GAUUUCUUUGGAUGAUUUGGAACCUAAAAUUGGUCGAUUCUACGCAUUUGCACAGAAAAUGGCUGGUAUAAACGAUGAAGUUCCGUCGAAAAAUUCUCAGUUAUGUGAAAUUUUACAUUCUGUGGUUGGAAAAAUCAGGUCACGUGUACGUUCAAGAUGCGUUCUGGCUCGAAUCACUCAUUCUCUCCAUGCUUUGAAAGUAUUCGAUGUUUUAAAAAACCGGAAUGAUUUCCCCGAUAACGUCUGUGCAAAGUUGACCGGUUUUCGAAUGAUUACAGCUGAGCAGUUUUUUGGAUAUGGAGCCGUAACAGAAGAAUACCGAAUGCUGAUAGAAUUUGAACGAGGAACAAAUACUAAUAAACAGUUUUACUUUUCUGCAAUGAUUGAAAGAGAUCCAGGAGCAAAACUUCAUGCUUUAAUAUUUGUAUGGGUUGAUAUCAAAUACCCGAAGGUAAAACCAAUUUAUAUCUUAAGUUUCACGCUGGAUAAUACAGAUGUUUCUUCAUCAUUCAACAGUAGUCUUAUUCACUUGGAGCGGGUUUUAAAUGCUGAUUUUACGACCUAUGUGACAUGUGACGAUCCAAAUGCUAUCCUAGAAGCGCAGAUGGCAUUCUUAGUUUCGCGUUUUGAUAUUCUUCUUGAAUCGGGCAGUGCUGCAAAUGGUUGUGGACAAUUCACUCGUGAACAUCUUUUCUCUCGCCCAUAUAGGGGUCGCGAUCAUCAGCUCCCACUUUACUAUCAGAAAAACAUGAAUACAUUUACAUUCCGUUAG